ACGAGGUUUACAUAUUCUGCGAUGUCUGUGUUAUUGAUAGCGUUGUCAUAACAACCGCGAGGGUAACCCCCUAAAAUAUUGUUAUCAUUUUGUGAACUUUUUGAAUUUAAAACUCAAUAAUAUGGAAGAAGAGGGAAAUACGGGAGCUGACAAUAUUGUGACUGAAUUCGCAACUUAUGAAGACUUUCUUGAUUCACAAAUCACAUCACUGGAUCUGUAUUACUUAGAAGAUGAAGAGUUGGCUCGUCAACUGGUUGAGCUCGGAUACAGAGGAAGUGGUGAAGUCUUGAAGAGAGAAGAGUUUGAGGCGAGGAAGCAAGCAGCUGAAGCUUCCAGAUUGUCAAAGAGAAGUCAACAAAAGACCUUAGCAAGCUCGGGCAAAGAGUUAAAGAAUUUGUUUCUGCGUUCGUUGGCGCAACGUGAGGAGGGAAACCGAAGUGGAAAAAUGACCUCAAUCAUUUUCAUUCGCGACAAAAACUCGCGAAACCAAGAGAUUUCUGGCUACAUUGAUUUUGCCCACCGCUUAAAGACCGAGGAUUUUGAACCAUAUUUCGCCGGGAAAAAACGUCUACUGCCCCGGCCCUCUGAUCUCAGCUUUUACAACUGGGAAACACAGACUUCCACUUCGAAUCCCACCCCCAACUAUCAAGUCAUCGCUGAAAACGCAUCUGGAUUGCUUUUCAAAAACAAACGGGAUCGAAAAAUUCUCAACGUCGACCCAAAGGCAGCAACCCCGGGUGACAAUUCUACCCGUACACCGAUCGACACAGACCAAUACAUACAAGUGGUUAUAUACGAUCACAUUACUCGCAGGAAAACAUGAAGAACGGUCGCAUUUCUACAGCUUUCUCCACGUUUAAACUACUUAAAUGUUAUUUUACCGUUUUGUAUUUAUCUUGUACAGAAAUACACUUAUUUAACGUG